AUGGAUUGCGUUCCAGAAAAUUGGGAUCCUGCACUUACUAAGUUAUUAGCAUCCUUGAAAGAAGUGCAGUCUGAUGGAGAAGAUGUUGCCUUCUUAAGUGAACUAUUGCAGUCCAAACAGCUAAAUGCUUUGGUUCAAGUGCAUAAUAAAAUUGUUGCAAAGGGAAAAGAUGAUAAAUUUUUUCCCUUGCUUUCAAAUGCUAUGCAAGUGACUUUAGAGGUGCUGGAAAUGCUUGUUGAUGUUGCUGCUGUUUCUAAUGAAUAUGAGGAAUUACUAAGGGUUUUGCAGAAGCCACAUUUUCAGGCUAUACUUUGCACUCAUGAUGCUGUUGCUCAAAAGGAUUAUUAUCCUCACCUUCCGGAUAUACCGCCUGAUGCUGACGAAGAGGAAGAGACAGUUAAAAUUGUUCAAUUAGUUAAGAGUGAUGAACCGUUGGGUGGAGCUCAGAGUGCAGAGCCUAUAGUGGGGGCUACUAUAAAGACAGAUGAGGACACAGGCAAGAUUGUCAUUGCUCGAGUAAUGCAUGGCGGAGCUGCAGAUCGGUCUGGUUUGAUUCAUGCAGGUGACGAAGUCAUUGAAGUCAAUGGUAUCAGUGUUGAAAAUAAAACUCCAACUGAUGUUCUCUCAAUAUUACAAAACUCAGAAGGAACAAUAACCUUUAAGUUAGUACCAUCAUUUGGUAAAGGAGGCUCAAGGGAGAGCAAAGUGAGGGUUAGAGCUCUGUUCAAUUACAACUCGUCUGAGGAUCCAUACAUUCCGUGCAAAGAAGCUGGGCUGGAUUUUAAAAAAGGUGACAUACUGCACAUAGUCUCUCAGGAUGAUGCUUAUUGGUGGCAAGCACGUCGUGAAGGAGAUAGAGUUAUGAGAGCUGGAUUGAUUCCAUCGCGAGCCUUGCAAGAAGGGCGUAUUAUUCAUGAAAGACAAACUGAUCCCCAAACUAUGGAUGGUAAAUCAGCACUUUGCAGUCCAACAACAGCCAGUUCAAACUGUGGGCCUAAAACACCUUGUUCACCUAACCCCACUGCUACUGCCUUAUUGCCUUGUAAAUCUACACCCAAAGUUAAAAAAAUUAUAUACGAUAUUAAGGAGAACGAUGAUUUUGAUCGUGAAAUGAUACCAACAUAUGAGGAAGUCGCCCGCUUAUAUCCUCGUCCUGGAAUGGUCAGGCCCAUAGUACUAGUUGGAGCUCCGGGGGUGGGCAGAAAUGAGCUUCGCAGGAGACUUAUUGCGACUGAUCCAGAGAAGUUUGUGACACCCGUGCCAUAUACAUCACGCCCUCAAAAAUCGAGCGAGCAAAACGGAAAGGAGUAUGUUUUUGUCACGCGUGAAAAAAUGGAGCAGGAUAUAUCGGAUGGAAAGUUUAUUGAGCAUGGCGAAUACAAAGGAAACCUUUACGGUACGUCAGCGGAGAGUGUGGAAACCAUUAUUAAUUCAGGUCGUGUCUGUGUGCUAAGCCCUCACUGGCAGGCACUCAAGAUGCUCCGCACUCCAAGACUGCGUCCGUACAUUGUGUUCAUACGACCACCACCACUUGCGAGACUCAUAGAGACACGAACGGCUGCAAAUGCUCGUUCAACUUUCGACAAGGACUGCUCGCGAGCGUUUACUGAAGAAGAGUUUAACGAUAUUAUACGUUCGUCGAACCGUAUAAAUUUCCUAUACGGCUACAUGUUCGACGAGGAGAUUGUGAACGAUGAUCUAGCCCGUGCACUCACACAACUUUUGAAAGCCUCCUGGAAGGUUCAGUCUGAACCACUCUGGGUGCCAGCCUCAUGGGUCCAGUAA